AUGGCCCUUGGCAUUAUCGCAGCCAGCUGCGUGCAGAUUGUUCCGCAGCACCUGCGGGACAUCGUGCAGCUUCUCUUGAGGCUUCUCUCAUCCCCACAGCCACUCGUACGAAGCAUGGCCUGCAUGAGCAUAACGCAGUUCCUGCCUGGCUGUAGCGAGAUGGUACCUGCAGUGGUACCAGCCAUCCUCGAGCGUUGCAAGGAUCGCAACAAGCAAGUCCAGACGUUUGCAGUGGUGUCCUUGCAGAACAUCCUCAGCCUUGGCACCGUUGCUCCCUUCAUGGACCCCAUCUGCCAAACUUUGCUGGUGGGCCUUAAGACCUACAAAACGAAGAGUCUUCGCAAACUAUACCAGUGUAUCGGGGUCGUGAUUCAAGUGGCACCGGAGCACAUGGUCAACAACGGCUCAUUCGUUCUGGCUGCACUCUACGAGCGCUUCAUCGCCAUUCAGGCCAACGACCCGACAGCCAUGGUGCUCUUUGAGAGCAUGGCAUUGGUCGUGAACAAUCUGGCUGGCUUCUGGGUUGAUGCGCUACCAAGACUCGUGGACAAGGCUGUGCAGGUCAUCAACGAGACAGCCUAUGCGGUGAACGUCUGGAAGCAAAGCCCAGAAGUAGUGCCCUUGCUGCCCCACUUCCUUGAACACAUUGUCACAGGCCUGAAACACCCCACGAGCCCCCAUGUGAACUGGUCGGCUGUUUGGGCCCUGGGGGAGAUUUGUCAGAGGGUGGAGCCCAUGCUCCUGGAGCCCAUCGUCCCACAGAUCGGCGAAGCCUUCCUUGGCAUCUUCCAACGCCGCACCUCCGGGCAACUUGCACUUCCUCAAUUGCUUGAAGCAACCUGUUUCACACUGAUGCUUAUGAAGCAUACUUCUACGCUUGGUGACAAGUGGCCAAGCUAUGCACGGCACAUCCCUGCAAACACGCUGCAGGAAUUGCAGAGCCAAUACGGCUACCCGGCCUGA